CGGCCAAUGCCAGUCACCAGUGAAACGUGAAACGCGAAACUGGGCGAAAGUUUUGUCCUGAUCGCUGGUCGAGGAGGGAGACCACGAUUUGUCGCGAAUUCGUACCGAUUCUUUAUUAGAGCUCGUCCACACCAUCCGGACAGCUCAUUCGGGUAACGAGUGUCGCGUGCUGUCCUCGCACCUGUUGUGUUCGCAUACCUUGUUCGGUUACAGUACUCUGUUAUUUGUUUAGAGUACUUUGAUCGUGGAAGAGGAAGUGCAGUCGUGGUCGAAGGAAGACAUGCACGAGGGUAAGCUGUGACCAAGCUGAAGAAGAAGAGGACCAAACAUGAUGCGAUCAGGGGAAAAGCUUCCUUCGAUUUCGUCGGUACUCCGCUGGUUUACCUUGGCGACGUUCCUGGUGGUCGUCGACCGUCUUGAUCUUGCGACAGGGUGCCAGUUUUAUCCAAUAGGAGAGUAUCUGAAGUUUGUCAGAGUACCGGAAAAUCUGGCUAAAGGCACGGAAAUUCUAUCGCUAGAAGCUCACCCGAGAAAUCAUAUUUCAAUAAUGCCAGUCGAUAAAGACGAAGACGCUCGUUUCUUCACGCACAGGGAGACCAAUAGGACGCACGUCUCUCUAGUGCUGGCCCAGUCUUUGGAAGACCUGGUGGACGCGGAGAUGCCUAGAAAUCUGCUCAAGUUCCGCGUCGUCUGCGAUUACUCCGAUGGCGGCGAUUCCUUGGUGACGUCGCACCUGUCAGUGACGGUCUACGUGGAAGACAUAAACGAUCAUGCUCCACAAUUUGUCGAUGCGCCUUAUCACGUAACCGUGGACGAGCUUACUCCAGUUGGCGUGACGAUAUUUCGUGGGAUUCACGCAGUCGACGGGGACAAGCCGAACACGCCGAACAGCGACGUGCACUACGCGAUAGUGAAAGGCAACGAGCAGGGCAAAUUUUCACUAGAAUCCGGCCACAGAACCGCUCUCAUACUCCGUAAACCGGUAGACUACGACAACGGUGACCGCGAGUUCACGUUGGUUAUCGCGGCUACGGAUCGAGGAGUGCCAGCUAGGAGUACCAACACGACCGUCAAAAUCACGAUAUUGGACAACGAUGAUCUGGAUCCUAAGUUCACCAGGGACGUGUACAAAGCAAAGAUUUACGAGUUCUAUCCGAUGCCCGAAUACCCGAUCUUCAAACAGAUCAACUUCUCCACACCGAUCCAAGCUACCGACUGCGACAGGAACAUAAACAUGUCUGUACGGUAUGACAUAAUAUCUGGCAACGAACGCGGUUUCUUUCACUUGGAUCCAAAGAACGCUACCCUGUACCUCAAACGUCCGAUCGAUCUGGACGCCGAACGAAAUCUACCAUCCAACACUUUCGUUCUACAAAUUCAUGCUUCCCAAGUGGACAACCCCUUGAAGACAGCGGGUGCUCGCGUCGAGGUGGAAGUUCUAGACCUAAACGACAAUCUUCCCGAAUUCGAGGUGGACCUGUAUAAUAUCAGCAUCGUAGAGAAUCUGCCGAAUGGCUUCAGUGUGUUGCAAGUGAUUGCGCGUGACAAGGACCAAGACGAGAAUGGACAGUUCGAUUACGAACUUCGAGAUCCAUCCGGUGCGUUCUCAGUCGACGCUAAAUCCGGUUGGUUAACGGUGAAGGACCAGUCGGUUCUCGAUCGAGAGAAGCGCGAUCAUCUACGAAUGAAGGUCGUGGCGAUCGAGAGAAAACCUAGCGUCGUUUUACGCAACGGGUCGCGGAAAAUGGAUGGUUCUUCCGUGGACGUCGAGGUGACAUUGCUCGACGCCAAUGACAACAAUCCGAUCUUCGUGCCUGGCAAUCUCUACGAGCUGGUUGCUAAAACGGACUAUAAAGUGGGCACGGUGCUUGGCCAGGUGUAUGCGGUCGAUGACGACCUGGGUCCCAAUGGCAUGGUAAGAUACAGAUUGCAGAAACCGGGGAACUCGACGACUCGCACACCACCGUUUAUGGUGGAUGAAAUCACCGGUAUGAUUACGGUCGCCGAGAGUCCGAUCCUCGAGGGAAGGCACGCGAUCUUCGUCGAGGCGGCGGAUCAACCGGCGAAUCCGAGCGAGAGGAGAUUCUCCCUAGCUGUGGUUACUGUGGAUGUUUUCAGAUCGAAUGGGCCGGAAUCGCUCGAGCCGGACUUCGUGGGGGCUCCUUAUGAAUUUUGGGUCGGUGCCAAUGUGGCAGUCGGUACUAGCGUCGGUCAGAUACGUUUGAACGACGCCGUAAAGACCAACGACCUGAUCUACGAUCUUUUACACAGCUACGAGGAGGGUGUCCCGUUUGCCGUGGAGGAGCGUUCGGGAACGAUCACCGUGGUCGAGGAGAUCGAACGAUUCGAUAGAUUGACCUACGACUUCGAAGCGAUCGUCACGGACGAGAGAGACCUCAUGUUGAUUACUAACGUGUCCAUCCACGUGGUAGACCCUAACGACGAACGAGGCAUCUUUACGAAGGGAACGACCACCGCUCCUUUGGUGUUCCACGCGAAGGAGAACGUAGCUGGUGCGUACAUCGGGCAAGUGCUUCCCCAGAAUGGAACCGGCGCGGCCACUGCUGGCACUCGGUUCUUUAUCGUCAAUCAGCAGGAUGUACCCGACAUCUCGAUCACGGAGGAUGGCGCCCUGUACGCGCCCAAGGGUCUCGAUCGCGAGACGAGGCAGAAUUACAGCAUCACUGUGAUUGCAGAGAGUCCACGCGGCGUCGGCGUCUUCCAAGUCAGCGUGAUCGUCCUCGACGAGAACGAUCAUGCGCCAGAAUUCACAAUGCCACUGUACGAGGGUCGAAUUCUGGAGAACAGUCCAGCCGGAACAAAAGUGAACUUAUCGAUACCUAUCGCGGCUACUGACAAAGACGAAGGCGUCAAUCGGAACUUUGUCUUUAGCCUUCACGGCGAGGGAAGCGAACUGUUUAGAAUCCAUCCAACUACGGGUUUAGUGUACUUCGAAGGAAUCGAUGACCGCACGCUAGACAGGGAAGUGAAAGCAAACUAUAGUUUCACGAUCGUUGCUAAAGACAGUGGCGGUUUAACAUCCGAAGCGCAGCUGAAGAUAAUAGUAACCGACGUGAACGACAAUCCUCCGAGUUUUAUCCGAAUGAUCGUGCUCCCCGAUCAAGGUGUUCGCGUGUCGAGCGAACCCGAUACCGAGGCAUCGUUCGAGGGGAACGACGUGCUUGAUACGAGCGAGCCCGGUGCCGGAAGUCAGCCACCGAACAGCCGUCGUUCGCCUCUUCUUCUCGUGCCAGAGAAUGCGACCAUCGGCGCGCCGAUAAUACGCCUGCUCGCGGAGGACAAGGACGAGGGAACAAACGCCGCGAUAACGUACAGCCUGGGGAACGAGACGACUUCCGGAGACGACGUAAAGUCACGACGAUUCGACACCACCAACCGUAGAUACUUUCAUUUGGAUCUAAGGUCGGCUGAAAUAUCAGUAGCCAGAGGACUUCCAGCUGAGAAGAGCAUUCGUUUGUUCGUCCUAGCGAAAGAUUCUGGACAACUAUCUGACAAUAUCACCAUAAGGAUCCACGUGGUAGACGUGAACGAUCAUGCGCCGAUCUUUGACAAGUCUUGGUAUACUUUUGACGUGCCAGAAGGAAGUUACACUGGCUACAAUUUGGGCGCUGUUCGAGCCAUUGAUGCAGACUUUGGAGUCAAUGCAAACGUCAGUUACGAAGCUGUCUCCGGUAAUGAGAACCUGGAGGAUCCUGCGAACGUGUCUAGGAUCUUUAACGUUGCUCCUUACGAAGGAAUAAUUAGAGUCACUGGAGUUUUGGACAGGGAGACUGCAGCUACUCAUCGUUUCGUGGUCAUGGCUCGUGAUAAUGGCUCUCCAAGAUUAAGUUCUACCGUGGAGGUAGAAGUGAACGUGUUGGAUGUCAAUGACAAUCCACCUAUGUUCUACAAUUAUCACGAAAUCGAGAAGAAUGAAAAUGGAGAUCUCGUACCGGUCUACCACGCAUCGAUCUUUGAAAAUAGUCCUAUUGGCAGUCAAGUGAUCAAGGUAUACGCUAAUGAUUCGGAUUUUGCUGGAAAUGGAAAUGGGUUGAUCCUCUUCGACUUGAGUCAUCAAGGACAGCCUGAGAAGCAGUAUUUUGCUAUCGAUAGUAAAGAAGGUGUCAUCACGACGAUUGCUAAUCUGGAUUACGAGACUAGGAAAAGUCAUAGAUUACUGGUCACUGCUAGUGAUUUAGGGUCUCCGGUCAGUCUGACAUCCACCGCAGUCGUGAUCGUUACCGUGUUGAAUGUGGACGACGACGAGGAAGAUGCGGAGAACGAGGUGCAGAAAACACCCUCUUUUAGACAUCGGUAUUACGAAGUAGAAAUCGAGGAGAACGUUCCGGUGCCGAUUUUGGUCGCACAAUUGGAUCUAGCCGAUGGUCAGCAAAGCGAACAUAUAAGAUACAGCAUCGUCGCAGAUGACACGAAGGCGCGAGAACACUUCUCGAUCGACCCAAAGAACGGCUCGUUGUACCUGAUGACAGAUGUGGACAGAGAGGUGAACGAUCGAUACGAGGCGAAGGUCAGGGUCGACAGGGUGAAGAUAGGUCGCGGGAUGUCCGUGAUGAUUUACCCGGUUGUUGGCGAAAGACUGAAUGGUCUAGCACCUAACGAGGCCAGGGUCGUUGUCAGGGUGAAGGAUGUUAACGACAAUGCGCCCAGAUUCAAAUCAAAGGGUCGACCCAUCCUCGCCGCGAUACCUACCACUGCCCAUUAUGGGUAUGAGGUUGUCAAAGUGGAGGCAGAAGACCCGGACGAGGGAGCAAACGCCGAGAUCCGGUAUCAAAUUCUCGGACGGGAGGACGCGCCACGAUUUGCCAUUGACCCACUGAGCGGUCAAGUACGAUCCGUGGCGAGCUUUGGCCGUGACACUGGACGCGUUUUCGGCUUCGACGUGAAGGCCACCGACAGAAGGGGCGCCGAAAAUGGUCGCAGCAGUAUCGCCAAUGUCUUUGUGUACGUGUUGGAUGAUCAGAAACAAGUCGUGAUGGUUGUUGGUCGGAGACCCAUUGAUAUCGAGCCGCAAUUGGAGAACAUCACCUCAAUACUACAAAAUGUGACUGGUUUGGACGUUCGAGUGAGGAAGCUAGAGCCACACAUCGAAAGGAAUCUGAUCGAUGCUACGUCCACCGAUGUUUACCUUUAUGCGAUCGAUCCUCAUUUAAAUGUCAUGAUAGAUAUGGAUACACUGCACGACGUGUUCAACACGAAGAAAACGGAGAUCAAGCGCGAGUUGGACGAGUACGGCGUCCUGGACAUUGCCGGAAGCUCUCCGCGUCGGGGUAAUCAUCGUUACCUUCUAUCUACCCUGGAAGUGGGUGCGGUAGUGCUUGGCUGUGUCGUCUUUGUCGGUGCCCUUGUUACUGCACUCUGCGUUACAUGCGUUCGCAGAAAUAAACGUCGCAGACGUCGGGAGAAAGCGAUGUUCUCGACCACCAGUCCGAUUGGAUUCGCUUUGGCAGAUCCGGCCGCCACGCUACAGAAGCCGCCUUUGUUCCCGACCUUCGUCGAUGGCCUUCAUUACGACCUUGAACCGUUCUGCACUGACAUGCCGAGGCGACAGAGCAUCUGUGAGCACGGAGCCAAUUGUGCCCGCUUCCACGCGAUGGGCGGUUGUAGUAAGCACGCCGGAAGGACGACAGGGACCCCGAAAGGACUCGAGGCAUCCGCGACGUCCUUGCAUUCCAGUGGUCAGGAUUCUGGGAUCGUGGCGCGCGCCUCCUGCCACUGCAGUCACUCGUCGAGCCCCUCCAGCGGCGAGAGCAGCAACGGGUACGAGGACUCUCUGAAAUCUCUGCAGCGUCGCGAAAGGAGCAACGACAUGUCCCGUAGUAAUCACGAGAUCUCGAACGUGAUUGGAAGACGUGGGAAUCAAGCCACCUCGAAGAGACGGCAACGGUUCAACUCGUUCUCGAACGGGGAAUCCGUUUACUCGCAGGAGAUGACGUUGCAGAGGGAGCAGCGUUGCUGCGUCGGAACGGAGAAGAGGCGAAAGAACGACGGGAUGACUCGCGAACAUCGGCGUGCACAUUCCGAGGCGGAAAACAAUAUCACCGAGACGGUGAUACACGAACAUCCCGGAACCGAGAUCUCGCUGUCUAGCUCUUUGCAAAAUACGUCCACCCUUCACGGUGGCCUGUCAAGAUCUACCCACAUGUUGUAUUAACGACAAACGAGACUUUACGAAGGGAGGACUUCCAACGAGGAACAAGAUUGUAGCCUUCCUGGCCAUGAGUUUUUCUUACUGUCCAUACCGUUGUUCGUGACUGGUCCAUGGUUUUGUUAGGUGUCUCCGGUUUAACGAGCAAUAAGAUUAAUUCCCUUUAACUGUCACUACCGCGUUGCAGUUAUUUCGGAACAGGGAUUUCGUACGACUGAGAAGAGUUGUAUCUUCAAGAAGUUACCAAUUAACGAAACGCCUAGAUAGGAAAAAAGCAUUUCCAAUUAGCGAGCUACUUUUCUCUUGCGCGUGAAAUUGUGUCAUCUCGUUACCAAAGUACUCGUCGUUGAUUCGAAAAUCGUUCAUUUAUGUAAAUACGCUAGAAGCUCUGUCGGUACUUUGAGAUCCUUUAUUACUUUAUUAUCGUUAUUAUCGUUAUUAUCGUUUCUUGCUUCUAUCUUUUCUACGUUCUUCCUGCUAUUUAUCGUGUUCUUUUUAUAUGUAAAUCUUUUAUGUACAGUACGCUAUAUGUUUUACGUUGGAAAUGCGAAUAUCGUGUAUCAAAAACUUGUAUAGUUUGUCUUUCUUGUUAGAAAGAGAUUGUGUGUGUAAUUGUAUUUUGUCAUGAUCAUCUUAUGGCGGAAUAUUUAUUUCAGAAACACAUGGAAAAUAUUUCAGUCGAAGAAAGUGUGGUGAUUUAAAAAAUUAUUAUUAGUUAUGUAUAUAAAGAAAGUUUCUAUUUUGUACAUAUAGAUUCGUAAGCAAAAUGAGAAAAACAGAUUUUCGAUAUAAAUAUUAUUAGAUAAUCAAAAAAUUUCGUUUAAUAGGAAAUUUAUACUAAAUUUCUAUGGCUAGCUUUAAUCUUCCUUAGGUCUGACAAAUCCCGAAUUUCCAAUGAAAAAUUAAAUUGUUCUUAUAUGUACAUAGUGUUUCUCCGUUUUUCAAGUAAAUAAUCAGCUUCUCAUUUUGACGUAGCUGUGCCUUGUGAAUACGCGAACUUUCCAACGUCCGUUAGUUACUAUCAUCAAGUGCAUUCCCCAUAUUUAACGUGAUUGUAAGAAGAUGUAACAUAUGUAUGUAUGUAAUAAUAAUGUAUAAUUUAUAUCGCGGCCCAAGUUAGGGAAAAUAACUCUGUUAUAAAUCGUUAAUAAAGGCAAUUACAU